UAUCAAAGUCGGUGAGAGAACCAGCGGCUCGAGGUAUUCCGGUCGUUUCUGUUCACUCCAACGGCCAUGAUGUUGAGUGCCGUAUCAAAGGCAGCGGCUGGUGCCCUCAGGGCAGUAAAACCCACUUUAAUCCAAAAUGAAGUCACCAAAGCAACAGCCGCACUAUCCGUCAACCGACGUGACUAUGCAGCGAAGGCAGCGACCCAGCCAAAAGCUGGCACAGUAACUGGCAGAAUCGUAGCUGUAAUUGGAGCUGUGGUUGACGUUCAGUUCGACGAUGCCCUCCCCCCAAUUCUGAACGCCCUGGAGGUUCAGAAUCGAUCUCCACGUCUUGUCCUGGAGGUUGCCCAGCAUUUGGGUGAGAAUACCGUGCGUACAAUCGCCAUGGACGGUACAGAAGGUCUCAUCCGAGGUCAACCAGUCCUGGACUCUGGAUUUCCCAUUAGAAUUCCAGUGGGUGCUGAGACCCUGGGACGAAUUAUCAACGUAAUCGGUGAACCAAUUGACGAGCGUGGUCCAGUGAACACUGACAAACUCGCCCCCAUUCACGCAGAUGCACCAGAAUUCGUGGAUAUGAGUGUCGAGCAGGAAAUCCUUGUGACUGGUAUCAAAGUUGUGGAUCUCCUGGCUCCCUACGCCAAGGGAGGAAAGAUUGGUCUGUUUGGAGGUGCUGGUGUGGGUAAAACUGUCCUCAUUAUGGAGCUCAUCAACAAUGUUGCCAAGGCACAUGGUGGAUACUCUGUAUUUGCUGGAGUUGGGGAGAGAACUCGUGAGGGAAAUGAUCUGUACCACGAGAUGAUUGAGUCUGGUGUUAUUUCACUCAAGGAUAAAACCUCGAAGGUCGCCCUUGUAUAUGGACAGAUGAAUGAACCACCUGGUGCCAGGGCUAGGGUUGCCCUCACAGGACUCACUGUUGCUGAGUACUUCAGGGAUCAGGAAGGACAGGAUGUGUUGUUAUUCAUUGAUAAUAUCUUCAGGUUCACUCAGGCUGGUUCUGAGGUAUCUGCCCUUCUGGGUCGUAUUCCAUCGGCUGUAGGAUAUCAGCCCACUCUGGCCACUGACAUGGGUACCAUGCAGGAGCGCAUCACCACCACCAAGAAGGGUUCCAUCACUUCGGUGCAGGCCAUUUAUGUGCCAGCUGACGAUUUGACUGAUCCAGCUCCAGCCACUACCUUCGCCCAUUUGGACGCCACCACUGUGUUAUCACGUGCUAUUGCUGAGCUUGGAAUUUAUCCAGCUGUCGAUCCCCUUGACUCUACAUCUCGUAUUAUGGAUCCCAAUAUCAUUGGGCCAGAGCACUACAAUAUCGCUCGUGGUGUACAGAAGAUUCUCCAGGACUACAAGUCCCUUCAGGAUAUCAUUGCUAUCUUGGGUAUGGACGAAUUGUCUGAGGAGGACAAACUCACUGUUGCACGUGCUAGGAAAAUCCAGAGGUUCCUCUCUCAGCCAUUCCAGGUCGCUGAGGUCUUCACUGGACACGCAGGAAAGCUGGUGCCCCUCCCAGAGACGAUCAAGGGAUUCCAGAAGAUCCUAGGUGGUGAGCUCGAUCACCUGCCAGAGGUGGCCUUCUACAUGGUGGGGCCCAUCGAAGAGGUCGUCGCCAAGGCCGAGACCCUCGCCAAACAAUAAACACCAUCGAAGUGAAUAAGAAAAAUGUGACACAUUUUUAAGAGAUAAUGGUUGGGAAAUCAACUCAUCAGUUCAUUCAAUAAAUCAGUACCUCAAUUAUUUGUAUAGUAUAA